UCUUUUUAAGUUUGAAAUAAAAAUGAAGUAUUUAAUUGUUACUGGAGGUGUUAUAAGUGGUGUUGGAAAGGGUGUCAUUUCAAGCAGUGUGGGAGCAAUAUUAAAAGCUAGCGGAUUUAAUGUUACUGCAAUUAAAAUAGAUCCCUAUUUAAAUAUUGAUGCAGGAACAUUUUCGCCAUAUGAGCAUGGUGAGGUUUUUGUUUUGGAUGAUGGAAGUGAAGUUGAUUUAGAUCUUGGAAAUUAUGAGCGUUUUUUAAACAUUCAGUUACAUAGGGACAAUAAUAUUACAACUGGAAAAAUUUAUCAAAAAGUAAUUGAAAAAGAAAGAAGAGGGGAUUAUCUUGGAAAAACUGUUCAAGUUAUUCCCCAUAUUACUAAUGAAAUUCAAGAUUGGAUUGAGAAUGUUGCUAAGCAAUCAGUUGACAAAAGUGGCAAUUUACCAGAUAUAUGUGUUAUUGAGAUUGGUGGAGUAAUUGGAGAUAUUGAAAGUAUGCCAUAUGUUGAAGCAAUGCGUCAGUUUCAAUUUAAAGUUGGACCUGAUAAUUUUUGCUGUUGUCAUGUAAGCUUAAUACCUCAGACAUCUGGAGGUGAAAUGAAGUCUAAGCCUACUCAAAUGAGCGUCAGAGAAUUGCGAGGAUUGGGACUUACCCCAGAUUUGAUUUUGGCACGUAGUAAAUGUGAAAUAGACUCUUCCUUAAAACAAAAAAUAUCAAUGUUUUGUCAUGUAAACCCUGAUCAGGUAAUCAGUGUUCCUGAUGUGUCAUCAUUAUAUCGAGUUCCAACUCUGCUUUAUGAUCAAGGUCUGCUCAAUCAAAUUGCUAAAAAACUAUCUUUAGAUUUGCCAGUUAUAGAUUCAAAAUCGUUUCUUUUUAAUUGGAAACAGUUAGCUGAUAGGUAUGAUCAACCCUACGAAGAAGUGAAAAUUGCUCUUGUUGGUAAGUAUACAAGACUUGAAGAUGCUUAUAUAUCUGUCAUCAAAGCAUUAAGCCAUGCAGCACUUGCUUCACGAAGAAAGCUUGUUAUUAAGUGGGUUGACUCUGAAAGUAUAGAAGAUACAACUAGAGAAAAUGAUCCUGUGAGAUAUCAUGAAGCUUGGCAAUCAUUAUGCUCCUGCGAUGGCGUCCUUGUACCAGGUGGUUUUGGUCAACGAGGAUCCGAGGGGAAGAUACAAGCUGCUCAAUGGGCUAGAACUAGUAAAAAACCAUACUUAGGAAUUUGUCUUGGACUGCAAGUUGCUGUAAUUGAGUUUGCUAGAAAUGUAUUAUCAUGGAAAGAUGCCAACUCAACUGAAAUCAAUGCAUGCACCCAACAUCCAGUUGUAAUAGAAAUGCCUGAACACAAUCAAGGUCAACUUGGUGGAACAAUGCGUCUUGGAAAAAGAAAAACUAUUUUUAAAAAACAAAAUUCAAUUAUAAGAAAAUUGUAUGGUGAUGUGGACUUUAUUGAAGAAAGACAUCGACAUCGAUAUGAGGUUAAUCCUUCAUUAGCUCAUUAUUUCGAGGAAAGAGGUUUCAUGUUUGUGGGAACUGAUAUUGACGGUGAAAGAAUGGAGAUAGCUGAACUAAAAGAUCACCCAUUUUAUGUGGCCGUUCAGUAUCACCCUGAGUUUUUAUCUCGCCCUAUUCAUCCGUCACCGCCUUACCUCGGUUUCAUAUUAGCUGCUUCCGGUAAAUUAAAUAGCUUUCUUACUCGUGGUGGUCGCUUAUCUGCUCGUUCAAGUUUUUUGGAAUAUGAUGCUCUUUUGGAUUGUGAAAAUUCGCCAAAAGAUGAUUCUAUACUCAAAUCAAUAAAAACAGAUUCUGUAGCUGGUUCUUUUUGUGACAAUGAUCGUAUAAAAAAGAUUGAACUCGAAACUUCAACUUUAAUAAUUAAAGAAAGCGAUAUUAUUUAUUAAAAUUGCUUUUUAAAAUUGUUCUAAUUAAUAAAACUUUUUUUUUUUGAAGCUUUUAUUAGUUUUUAUCAAAAGUUACAUUAAGACUGAUCUUCACUUAAAGAGUUCAAUUUAUAAAGUUAUAUGUGGAGUGUUUGUUUUUAUUAAAGAGCUGUAAAUAGCUAGUCAAGACUAGUCAAAAUAUAUAAAAUGAGUUUUUAUUAUAAUUUAUUUUCAGAAAUAUUCUAGUUAAAGUUUUGAAUUGAAUAUUUUAAUUUUAUCUGGAUAAAGGCAUGUAAAGAUUUUUUCCUUUUUUUUUUUUUGUAAAGUCAUUUCUAUUAAACGAUACUCUUUUUGCAAUCAGAGAUAAAAGACUAUAUGAGCUACCUUAAUGAA